AAGAUGUAAUUGCUUCCGCAACACAGCAGAGAGCUCCGGAGGUAAAACCAACAUUCUCAAGGAUUACUUACCUCGUGGGAGCGUGGCAAAAGCGCAGCAGAGCAGCACAGAAUGAUGGACGCCAGCAACUUUUAUCUCUCCCUCCCUCCUCCCUGCUAGGCGGCACACGCACAAGACGCACGCAGCCAGCGGGGGGAGGUGGAACCACCUGAGGGAUGCGCCGCCUGAUGUCGAGCCGGAAGAGCCACAAAAAGACAAAGCACCGUGUUUGUGCAGGUUGUAGAUUGCCGCUUCCUGAUGAUUUACAUGAUGACAUCUGUGAUAUCUGUGCAGAGAAGUUACGCACGCCUGAUCCGCAGCCCGCAAGAUCUAAGCUAUGCAUCACUUGUCUACAGCCUUUAUCUCCAGAAGCGACAUCCAAUAUCUGUUUGGAUUGUACCCCACAGGACCCGUUAGCAGAAGAAGCAAAAAAUUUUUUUUCCUGGUUCAGAGAAAAUAUGCAGAAUUUGGCGUCUACUUCUGGCAGUAAGAAGGAAAGAAGCCAUCAUCAUCAUCAUCAUUCAGAUGACAUGUCUCAAUCAUCAGCUAUUGUAUCUCAAUCUGACCUAUCCUCAGAUUCAGAUUCAGGUAGUGAAGAAUUUUUUCUAUUGAAAAAGGAUUCAGCAGAAAAACUCAUCAGACGCGUAAAGCGUUGUCUGGAAACUAAUGAUGAAGAAGAUUUGUUCAUUUUAUUUUCUGGUCCGAGGAAGGGUAUGAAAGCUUCAAAAGACACUCUGGGUCGUUGGAUUAAAACAACCAUCUCGGAGUCCUACAUCUUAGAUGGUAAAGAACCGCCUCGGCCGUUAAGAGCCCACUCCACGAGGGCAACCUCUACAUCUUGGGCUGAAAGACAGCAAGUUGAUCUCCUAGACAUCUGCAAUGCAGCUUCCUGGACUUCAUCCUCUACGUUUGUGCAUCACUACAGGCUCAGCAAUGGACCCGAGAACUCAGCCUUCAGCACAGCAGUUUUGUCAGCAGUAAAACAGAGCUUUCCCCCCCUUUAAUUUCUAUGUUAUAUCCCUUCUGUGCUGCUGUAGGACGAAGAAGAAAGUUGGAAUUUUACUUACGUAAUUAUACUUUCUUCGAGUCCGAAGGCAGCACACUAACCCUCCCAAUAAAUUUUACUUGCAUGAGCUGGUCUACGUUAUUACACAAUGGAUGCAGUGCCUUGGCGUGUUAUAUAGAGUACCUAGGGUAUUGUCAAUUGUGUUAAUUGUUAGAUUGUUAGAUUUUUCUAGGUGGGCGGUCCUAUGAUAGAGUGACUGG